AUGUCCGAGCGCCGGGCGGGCACCAAGGGCCGGCGUUUGGGCUCCAGCCGGCGCAGGCAGAUCCGUGAGGGCUCCAGUGAGGUACCAGAACCAGCACCUGGCCCGGGUGAGGAACAGCCAUGGCCAUCUGAAAUAGUGCAGAGGGUGCAGGACUUCCUCAGGGAGCGGGACAAGGACCAGGCAGGGUUCGUCACCCGCUCAGACAUGCAGAAAUUCCAGGAGGAGGGUUUUCCCUGCAGCACAGAGGAGCUGGAGCUGAUCUUUGACGGGCUGGAUGCCGCCGGCACCGGGAGGUUGAGCAGCGAGGAGUUCACUGCCGGGCUCCGGCAGUUCCUGAGCUCCCAAAAAGCUGCCAGGGAGCACCGGCGGCGGAAAACGGCGUCGCGGAGGGUCCGCUUGGUCCUCCCCAGCCCGGCCUUGGAAGGGGUGGACAGCGAGGACAGGAGACACUUUGCUGCCUUUAUGGACCAGCUGGGCACUGACAACAUCUCUGAAGAGCAGGAGAUCUGGCAGCUCUGGGUGAAGCUCCGGCAGGACGAGCCCCAGCUCCUGGGCAACCUGGAGGAAUUCCUGGCCAAGAUGAGGCACCGCAUCCAAGAAGCCAGGAGGGAGAAGGAGGCUUUGGAGGUGACUCUGAACAAGCGUGUGGCUGAGCACGACAAGGAGGUGCAGCAGCUCUGCGAGGUCCUGGAGCAGCAGAUCCAGCAGGAGCAGCAGCGGCUGGAGCAGACGAGCGUGGCCCGGAGCCACCAGCAGGACGCGGAGCUGCGGCGGGUGCUGGAUGCCAGCGAGAGGGAGGUGCAGCGCUUGGUCACGGCGCAGAUGGAGCUGGAGCGGCGGUGCCGCAGCCUCCGCAGCGCCCAGCAAAUCACCAGCACGGAAAACCGGGAGCUGGAGGAGAGCAACAGGAUGCUGGAGGAUCACCUGCAGCACCUCCACCGGCAGCUCAAGCAGACCCAGGGGCACCUGAGGACAAUGAGGGCUUGGGAGCACGUGGAGGAGCCAGGGGACAGAGCGAUGGCAGAGUUACCCGGCGAGAUGCCGAUGUCCCCACAGAUGAGUCCGGGGAAGAGUGAGAAGUUCCGCUCGGAGAUGCGGAUCAGGCUGGGUUCCCAGAGUGAUGAAAGCAAAGCCAAGAACACCCACCAAGUGGUUUGGGAAGUGCUGCCAGCAGAAAUAAGCAUUUCGGGAGCCCCGGCGGGAGCGAGCUCUGCAAAAGAGGAGCUCUUCCCAGAGAACCUCAAAGAGGAACACCUCUCUGACCAGAGCUCUUUGCUAAGAGAGAUGAAUGAUGCAAUAGCAGCUCUGAGCAAACAUCUGAAGGCACAGGCACCCGGUGCACCCCCUGCUCUGGCAGACACUGCCAGUCACCCCCGGGAUGAUGCUGAGCCCCAAACAGGACAGGAGGCAGCCACAGCCCAUGGAACAACCCCUGAGGUUCUGCAGGACACCCUCCCUGGCCACAUCAGCCAUGAGCUGUUUGAAGGAGACCUGAAAGAAGGACCAGCCACAGCUGAGUUUCGUGCUCUGGAUGUGACGCAGGCUGAUGUGUGGCGGGUUUGUGCUUCAGGACAGGCAGCCCAAAGCGAGCUCCAGGAGCAGGUGUCAGCACAGGGAUACCCCGUGAGGAUUCACGCUCCCGCCCAGCACCUGGAGGGGAAGACACCGUGUGUGAUGGAACCAGAGCAGGUGGCUGCAGGGCCUGCUGAGCCUCCAAAGCAAGAGGUGCCACCAGGGUCAACCCUUCACCUGAGGGUCCAGCCGCAGGAAGAUGUUGGGAAUGAUCAGCUGGGGGUGGUCCUUGCAGACCUGGGGGAGCUUCAAAGGCAGCUCUUGGGAGAACAGAGCGAAGACCUCGGUGUUGGUAAACGAGAGAAGCCGCAAGAGCUUGGUCAGAAAAUGAGCCAGGAGGGCGAGCCCAGCCCAGGGGAGCCAGAGGCUGUGGCUGCAGAGGGAGCAGGAGCUGCCCCAGAGGGUUGUCCUAAAGCUCCCCUGGACCCAGACCACCUGUACAACGUGCUGUUCGUCGGGGACUCCCACGUGGGCAAAACAUCGUUCCUGUACCGGUUACACGCCGACAGCUUCAACCCCAACCUCACUGCCACAGUGGGCCUGGAUUAUCGGAUCAAAAACCUGGUUGUGGACAACAAGCGCUUUGCCCUCCGCCUGUGGGACUCAGCUGGUCAGGAGAGGUACCACAGCAUGACCAAGCAGUUCUUCAGGAAGGCAGAUGGGGUCGUGCUCAUGUAUGACAUCACAUCCCAGUACUCCUUCUCCGACGUGAGGUACUGGCUCAGCUGCAUCCAGGAAGCAGCAGAGGAUGGAGUUGCUGUUCUGCUUCUUGGGAACAAAACCGACCGUGCUGCCGAGAGACAGGUCCCUGUGAAGGAGGGGGAAUGCCUGGCCAAGGAGCAUCAGCUCAUGUUCUACGAGUGCAGCGCUGCCUCGGGCCACAACGUCUUGGAGUCCAUGGUCAGCUUCGUCAGGUUGCUCAAAGAUCGUGAAGAUGAAUUAAAAAAUAAGGCAGAAGAAGUACCGAAGGCACCCCAGAAGAAAAAGUACUGCUGCUGGUGAUGGACAGACCAGCCCCCACCGUGAUUUGAAACCUCAGAGACGCCAUAAAAGCAUAAAAAUAUCCCUUGGACACCUUCUCUGCUCCCUGUGUGUUUUCCUUGCCUGAUAUUCCUUGGAUGCUGAGAGCAACAGGCGCUGGGGAGGAGCUCCUGCCAUGGUCCAGGACACAGCAGCCCUCCAAAAUACUUGUUGGGAAACUUUAUCACUUUCUCUUGGAGAUAAAAAAAAAAACAAGGAAAGAGGUAGAGAAGGAACCCUGAUGGAUCUGAGAUGCUGGAAUGACACUGGAAGCAGCAGGGAGCAAAAAACCAAGCCUUGGGACAGAAGAAAUGAAUACCUGGAGUUCCCCAAGUAUAUAAAAUGAGGGAGUUUAAGGCUGUUGGUGUUU